AUGUCCUCUCCAAACACUCCCCGACAUUCUAGACAGUCGUCGGCUAUCGAUGGAUUUUCUGAUUCGCCCCUAAAUCGGAGACAGUCGCAUGGCUUCGGGUCGCCGUUCAGGAACAGCUUGAACCAACAAGAUGUCCUGGACCUGAACGGAGAUGGAGGCGGUGGCAUGGGCAACCUGGCCGAUGAGCUUGGUGGUGCCUUCUCUGGCUCAGAGGAUGGAGAUUUUGAAGACGAUGAGGAAGCUGAUCAGAACGGAGUUGAUUCGGAGGCCAAGGCCUCUCCCAUUCAGAACGGACGAGUCAACGGGAAUAGACGCAGAGAAAACGAUCUAAGCAUCCCCUCAGGGGGCCAUCACCGGAGGACGGAGAGUAAUUACGAUGGGAGCGAGUAUGGCUCCGAGUCGGACUUGGAUACAGGAGGUGUUUCCCCAAGUCUCAUCUCCAAAAUAGAUGGGAUCGAGAGCUUGGCCAGGAGGGGAACGGAGAACUACGGAGGCCCAGAAGACAAUGUUGUCCAGAGAUUGACCGACGGGCUUCGGGACCUUGGAUCCCAAUCUGGCGUUGAGAGCAGCACCUCAAGACUCAUCACUGCCCAUUCUGCACUGACGACACAUCUUGCUCAUCAAACAAGACAACUCCACAACCUUACCUUUCCGCUCCUCGCCCCUAUGGCGUCCACUCCCGAUAGCGAAGCCAUCGAUGAACUAGUCCCCCUGCUCCUCUCCCUUUCAGACUCCAUGCCCAGGCCAUCUACGACGGCAUUCGAAUCACUUGCCUCGUUGCAUGGCGUCACUUCAGACCUUGUCCAGACAUUGAAUUACCUGUCCGACACACUGCAAAUGUCUCGACAGACCACUACAAUGGCUACGAGACGGCUCAAGAGUGCGAAAGAGCUUGUGGCAGAAGUGCGGCGGGACGAGGAGCUGCGGGAUGAGGGAGAGCGUUGGUUAACGCAAGGAAACUGGGGCGAGCGCUUGCAGAAUAGAGAAUGUGCAGGUGUAUGUGGUGACGUUAUCGGUGGAUUCGAAGAGGUGUGCAACGGCUGGCGGGAGCGCCUUCUUGCACAAGCUCAGUCUCAAGCUUAA